AUGGCCAAAGAAGACCAGAGAUUUGCCAUAGGAAUCGACCUUGGUACAACGUAUUCGUGCGUAGCAGUGUGGCUGGAGCAACAUGAAAUAGCUGUCACCAAUCCCGAAAACACUGUUUUUGGUGCUAGGAGGUUAAUUGGUAGGAAAUACAGUGAUCCCAUUAUUCAUAAAGAGAAAAUGUUAUGGCUAUUCAAGGUUGUUGCAGGUGUUAAUGACAAGCCCAUGAUCGUGGUUAAAUACAAGGUAAAGCGCCUUUGUGCAGAAGAAAUAUCUUCUAUGCUUCUCAUGCAAAUGCGGGAGAUUGCAGAGACAUAUUUGGAAACACCUGUGAAAAAUGUUGUUGUCACAGUGCCUGCUUAUUUCAACGACUCUCAGCCUAAAGCUACCAAAGAUGCUGGUGUCAUUGCUGGCCUCAAUGACAAGGUCUUCCAAGUUAGGGCUACUGCUGGAAACACUCAUCUAGGGGGAGAGGAUUUUGACAAUAGAAUGGUGAACUACUUUGUGAAGGAGUUCAAAAGUAAAAACAAAGUGGAUAUUAGCGGGAAGCCAAAAACCCUAAAGAGGUUGAGAACUGCAUGUGAGCGCGCAAAAAGAAUUCUUUCAUUUGUAGUCACUACCACCAUUGAGUUAGAUGCCUUAUUUACGGGCAUUGACUUCUUCUUAAUCACUGGUGCAAAGUUUGAGCAAAUUAAUAUGGAGCUCUUUGAAGAGUGUAUACAGACAGUUGAUAGAUGUCUUACUUAUGCUAAAAUGGACAAGAACAGUGUAGAUGAUAUUGUCCUUGUUGGUGGUUCCUCUAGGAUUCCAAAAGUGCAGGAACUAUUGCAGGACUUCUUUAAUGGAAAGGAUCUGUGCAAGAGCAUCAACCCUGACGAGGCUAUUGCUUAUGGUGCAGCUGUUCAGGCUGCUUUGUUGAAUGAAGGCAUGAAGAAUGUUUCAAACUUGGAGCUACUGGAUAUUACACCUCUAUCCCUUGGUGUAAAGACAAAAGACGAUGUCAUGAGUGUGGUCAUCCCCAGGAACAAUACCAUUCCUGUGAGGAAGACAGAAGUAUUCUUUAGAGUAAAUGAUACCCAAUAUCAAGUUCCUAUUGAAGUGUACGAGGGGGUGAGAGCAAAAGCCACUGAUAACAAUUUGUUAGGUUCUUUUGUUCUUUCUGGUUUUCCUCCUGUUCCUCGUCGCCAUCCUUUGGAUAAUGAGAUUAUCAUAACCAAUGACAAAGAAAGACUGUCACCUGAAGCAAUGAUGAGAAUGAUUCACGAAGCUGAGAAUUUUCAGGCUGAAGACAAGAAGUUCCAGAGGAAGGCCAAGGCAAUGAAUUGUUUGGAUCAUUACAAGAUUAGUUCUGCCAUUAGGAAGACUACAAAUUUGCUGGAUGGUAAAAAUCAGCAUGAUGAAGUAUAUGUAUUUGAAGAUCAUCUGAAGGAGAUGCUUGUGAGCCUCUAUGAAAACACAAUAGGCGAGAUUGGUUAG